AUGGCGCUUCGGCAGGAGUGCCGAGCGUCGACGGCGCUUCGGUGGGAAUGCCGAGUGUCGACAGUUGGGUGGAAACCCAACCGUUGCCGGAAGGAUCGGCCUUCUCUAGCGGUGCCAGGGAGCGGAGUAGAGGACGAAGCCGAUCUGGCUGAUGAUACCAAGGAGAGUUGA